GCGACCUCAACUUUGAUUGGGGAUUGACAAAUACUCCCAAACAAUUCAAAUAGUCUGCAGAUUCUCUCGUAUUCUGCUACCACGCUCUUCCUCUUAACAGCUGUCAAUUAUCCUCUGUUUCGUCCUUCCGAGGACUAACAGCUUCAUCAUGGCGACGAACAUCACAUGGCAUCCAUCCCUCUCCCGCAGCGAGCGUAACACGUACCGCAAGCAGCGCGGCUUCACAAUCUGGUUCACCGGUCUCAGCGCGUCCGGAAAAUCCACCAUUGCAACCGCCCUCGAACAACACCUUCUGCACCUCGGACUUGCGGCAUACCGUCUCGACGGCGACAAUGUGCGAUUCGGGUUGAAUAAGGACCUAGGUUUCUCAGAGAAGGACAGGAAUGAGAAUAUCAGGAGGAUCGCUGAGGUUGCCAAACUCUUCGCCGAUUCCGCAACCAUUGCCAUCACGUCCUUCAUCUCGCCGUACCGGGUUGACCGCGCCAUCGCACGCGACCUGCACGCUGCUGCCAACGCUGCACACCCAGAGGACGAGCCGCUACCCUUCAUCGAGGUCUUUGUAGACAUCCCGCUUGAGAUUGCCGAGCAGCGCGAUCCCAAGGGACUGUACAAGAAGGCUAGGGAGGGCAAGAUCCCAGAGUUCACAGGGAUUAGUGCGCCAUAUGAGGAGCCGGAGAAUGCCGAGAUCACGAUAAAAAGUGCGGAGAAGAGUGUGGAGGAGGCGGUACAAGAGAUUGUUGAGUAUCUGGAUAGCAAAGGAUUGCUUAAGUUGAGCAGUGCCGAUGGGAGAGGGUUGGAGUAUUGAAUGAAAAAGGCAUUUUUAAAUGAUAUGUGCACGGUUAUGCAAAGGGUUAGUUAGCCGAAGACAUCACGUUGAGUAAAG